AUGUCUACCGCAACACAGUACUCGUCGUCGUCAUCCAGGGACAGCACCAACGAGGGCGACGACGCCGCCACCGCGAAAAGCCAACAGGGCCUGCCCGCACCGGGCGAGGGCACCCCGAUCACGCUCGACGUCAGCGGCGGGGGCUCCACGGUCAAGCUCUCCGACCUGGGCCCGCUCGUCGUCAACGUCGACGGCACCGUGGCGCGCAUCGCCAACUGGAAGGAGAUGACGGAGGCGGAGCGCGAGACGACGGUGCGCAUGGUCGGGCGGCGCAACAAGCAGCGCCUGGACGCGCUCAAGCAGCGCAAGGAGGAGGAGGAGGGCACGGGCGGCGGCGCGCAAUGA